GGCUUACUUUGCUCCAUAUAUUUCCAGUAAAUUCAACAUCAUGACUCUGGUUGGAAGUGUCGCUGGUUUUGCCACUCUAGGAUUCACUGUUCGUGCAUAUGCACUUGGCAUCCAAAAGCGACCCAUCCUUGAAGGUAUCUCUGGUCACUUUUUGACUGCUGGUGCAUUCGGUGCAGUUGGAUACUGGGUCUACAACCUUCAGAAUAAGCAGGUUGAACAGAUUGAACGCAAGAAAGAGCUCCUUUUGUCCAACAGAGCGCGGGCAGAACAGUCCGAGGACAACUAGACGACGACUGUAAUAGAUGUACAUCCACCGCACCCCCAUUUCCUCAAUCGCUU